CAGUUGCACCGACUACGUCGUUUUAGAAGAAAGUCGAAGAGACUGAAAGGAAACCAAGCAAAGGGAAGAAUACAGCAAUGAAUCCUAUGCUGUGGCACAAAGUAGCUGCAGUCUCUGGAAUGGCUGCUCUUGGGUUGGGCUCAUAUGGUGCCCAUGGCUUUAAACCCCAAAACCCAGUUUACAAAGAGGUUUGGCAAACGGCUUCUCUGUACCAUUUGGUUCACACAGCAGCUCUGCUUGCCGCCCCUCUCACAAAAAAUCCCACUAUUUUUGGAGGCCUUUUAACUACUGGUAUACUCGCAUUCUCGGGGACGUGUUAUACUGUGGCAUUACUCGAAGAUAGGAAGUACAAUAAAUUGGCUCCUUUUGGUGGCGUUGCUUUCAUUGCUGCUUGGGCUAGCUUACUAUUCUAAGAACUCUAACUUCUCUGAGACUUCUCUGAGUCCCUGUACAACUGAAUUUCUCUUCAUCUUAGUGAACAGAUUGUGCUCUUUCCGUGAAUUUGGAACCAUAAAUGCCAAUGUCGGGUUUAUGUUAAAUUGAUGAGUGCGCUCCAGUUCAUUGGUGUUGUCACUACAGGUUGUCUAUUAAUUUGGGUUGUGUUACAAACUCGUAGAAUUUUCAUGUGUAGUGGCAAUGAAAGCCCACAAACUUGAUAUAUAAAUAACUGGACGUUUCUUCUUUUAAUGAGAAGCCAAUGUCAUAUUAAGAGC